CGCGGCCGCUGGAGGGGCGGAGAGAGCGGGCGCGAAGGCGGCGCUGCUGCUGGGAGGGGGUUUGACAUCAGUUCCCCUGUAGGAGUUUCAGUAAAUGCCACAAGCCGAAGGCGCGGAGCCCUGGGCGGCGGCUGAGGCUGCAGCUGCCCCCGGGGGAGCCGACCCGCCUGCCAGAGGUGAGCCCGGCCCCCGCCUCCCCCAUCGCGGACACCGCGCGGAGCAGAGCCUGGGCGGCCCGGGCGCAGGCAGCCCACCUCCCUGCCGUGCAUGCGGCUCUGGAUCUCCUUCCCCUGGGUGCCGGGCUGAGGCGGGCGGGGGCCCCCCGACAUCCCAGGCGAGCGACCAGUCCCCGCAGCCCCCGCGGGGGGUCCCCUUGCUCCCGCUCCGGCCGGAGGCGGGGCGGGCCCCCUGGCCGGCCGGGCGGGCAGCAUGAGCGGCGGCCGGGCGGCGGUGAAGAUGGAGGCCCCGUUCUACCCCGAGGAGGGGCUGGAGCUGCUGCCCGACUUCGUGCCCGGCUUCGGCAACGGGCUCGGGGCAGGGGCGGAGACGGCGGGGCACAAGCUGCUGCUCGGGGCCGGUAAGAAGCGGGAGAUGGCGGCGGCCGCCUCCCCCUCGGCGCUGCCGGGGUCGUACACCCUGCGGCCGCCCGGCGGCACCCGGAGCGGCGCGGCGCUUAGGCUCAUCCCCGCCGCGGCGCCCCCGGGCUCGGCAGCGGGGGGAGGAGCCGGCGGCAGGGGCGGCCCGGAGGCGGCUCUGUUGGCGGCCGGGUCCCCUGCGGAGCUGCCGCUGCUGAAGCUGCCGCCCGCCGCGGACCUGGAGCGGCUGCUGAUCCAAGGCAGCCCGGGCCUGGGCCCCGCCAGCCCCUGCCCCGCCGCCCCCCCGCCCCCCGCGGCCGGGCCCUUCCUCUACCGCCAGCAGGUGACGCAGGAGCAGGAGGGAUUCGCCGACGGCUUCGUCAAGGCCCUGGCCGACCUGCACAAGCAGAACCAGCUGCUCGGGGCGCCGCUCUCCCCGGGGCCCUGCCGGCCCGCCGCCGACCCGCCCGCCGUCUACACCACCCUCGGCAGCUUCCACCCGGCCGGGCCGCUCAGCCCCGCGGGCGGCACCUACUCCGCCGCCCCGCCGGGCCUGCCCUUCUCCUCCCCCGCCCCGCCGGGGCUGGGCAGCGGCCGGCUCCCCGCUCCCGGCGCCGCCAGGGCCCUGGAGGAGCCGCAGACUGUGCCCGAGGCGCCCCCGCCGGGCGAGGCCGGCAGCAGCGCCCCGACGCCGCCCUCGCUGUCGCCGCUGGACGCGGAGAGCCAGGAGCGGCUGAAGGCCGAGCGGAAGCGGCUGCGGAACCGCAUCGCGGCCUCCAAGUGCCGGCGGCGGAAGCUGGAGCGGAUCGCGCGGCUGGAGGAGAAGGUGAAGGCGCUGAAGGGGCAGAACGCCGAGCUGGCCGCCACCGCCAGCCUCCUGCGGGCCCAGGUCACCCAGCUGCAGGGCCGCGUCCGCAGCCACCUCUCCAGCGGCUGCCACAUCAGCGCCGCGGGCCCGCCCGCCCCGCCGCCCCCGGAGGAGCCCGCCGCGCCGGAGACCAGCGCCUGCUGAAGCCGCGGGCCGGAGUGGGACAGAGACUGAGCAGCCUGCCCGGGAGAAGGGGGCGACCCCCAGCCCCGCGCCUCAGACUGGACCCGGGACGGGAGCGGCCCCGAAAACACGUGCGAGUCUCGCUUCCUCGUCGUCCCCCGCCCCGGCGCUUUGCACGGCGGCUCGCAGACUGGGCUCGCCUGCCGGGGAGGAGCCAAAGGCCCCCGGCCCCAACGCGCUGCCGCAGCGGAGAAGGAAAGAUCUUCGACUUUCCAGAGUCGUCUUAAAAUAUUCCGGAGUCGGUUUGGGGAUUUGAUUGGGGCGGGGAAGCACUAGAGCGUUGCAGGGAAAACAUAGGGGUUCAAAGGUUCGAGAUUUAUUGACCAAUAGAUAAUUUUAAGUACCUAGAUUGAAGGUCCCUCUUUAUUUAUUGAUGCCUGGAAAGGAAGCAAAGUACAGAAGUCGGGUAUUAAACAUCUUGUAAGGUAUAUUUUAUGUUGCACUGAGUACAAAACGGUUUUAUAUUGGGUAUUUAACGUUUAAAGCUGACUUCAAGAGAAAUUCCUACACUUCAAAGUGAAGGGUGUUUGGGGGUUGUUUUUUUCAAAGUUCAAGUGAAGAACUUCUAAAGAUUUCAGAACUAAAAUAAGCCGUUUACAGAGAGUCAACUUUAUUUUCCUGCAAAAGGCAUAAUUCCUAAUACACCUUAAUAUAGUGUGUAGUGAUGGUUCAAUAUGUUUGUUCAGAGCUUGAAAAAAGCUAAAAUUACCCAUUUCUUUUUUUAAAGCGUGUGUGUAUAGAAAACAAAAUGUGGUGAUGGUAUUUCUUGGUAUUGAGAAGAAUUUUUUUAAAAAGAUUGUUUUGCUGCAGAGUAGCUUUUAAUUUGCAGCUGGCAGUGAAGAGAUGCAAGUAAAGCACUUGAAUGGGUCUGCUUUUAAAAUCUAGCCUUAGCUGAGAGAGAUUCUGCUAGGUAACUUAGGUUAGAAUGAACGAUAUUUAAUUACAGAUUCAACUGUAAGAAAGUACUCUUACAGACCAUAAGCUCCAUAUUAUUUCUUGUGCUAAUGCAAACUUGGAGCAUUGAUAUAUAUAUAUUUAUUUAUUUAUUGAAACUUGAAACUUUUUUGAUGUCACCUAAACCUUAUUUUUAUAGCAAACGCAUCUGGAAGAAAUUAAUUUGGCAGAAGAGUGUCAUUUAUGCCAUUUCUUUCACUGUGCACAUUCCAGUUCUGCUUGCUCUUUAUGGGGUAUAGUAGCAAUUCAGUGCUACCCAGAAAAGGGCUCAGAUUGUUUUUUAGCUCUAACAGUUACUUUAUGGUAACUCCAUUGUAUUAUGUUUGAAUAAAUCAUAGAAACACAAUGGAGAACUAGAUUUAUUUUUUCAGAAGAAAUAUGUAAAUAAUAUUUUCUUGUUCUAUUUUAUCCUAAACACAUUUUUCUAGUUGUCUAGGGAGGGGAAGAGUCAAAAGUCAGAAUGUGAGAUGAGUUUCUGGGUGGAAGAGUCCAGUGUGAUUUAUUUAUUUUUGCCUAGAUUUUACUAAUAAGGGAUAGAAAAGGAAUGGUUUUCUCUGCUUAGACUUGCUUUUUGGGAUUCUCUGGAUAAAUAGCAAAAACCAUGUUAUGGGCAGUUUUGCUUUUUUACUACCCUUUGAUAUGCAUGUUUUGAGAGCUUCUGCAAAUCAAGGUUUAUUCAGUCUUGUGGUUUCGUACAAUUAAAUUUUCAUUUUCAGCAUGAACUCUGAAGGUUCAUUCAACAAGAAACCCUGUAAGGCCCUGAUCCUGGAUCUGCCCAUACUUAGAACCACUGAAGUCAGUGGGGCUCAGCAUGAGCAGACCCAGUUGCAGGAUGGGGCCCCACCAUAGUCUUUGGAAAAUAUCUUAACUAAUAUAGUUUGUUUUAUAAGCAUGAUCAAUUAAACCAAUUCCAUAACCAUUUUAUCUCAUCCAUGUCCUCUUCUGAAAGCUACUUCAGCUAUGCUUUGAAAUGCACGAAGGGGAACUGAUAUGCAUAGAAUGUUUUUUGCUUGUAAAGAGAGUCUUGUGAGAGGGUUGACUUAAAAUAGCAUAGCUGUAAAUGUAAACUGUGCGUGAGGCUUCCCCUUGUCAGGCCUGGGACACACACUUAGCACAGAUGACUUCAAUGAGUAGUGGAGAUGCAAACCACGUUAAUCAUUUAAAAACUGAGUAAAGUUGUAGCAUAGCCAGAGCCAGAAUGAGUGAUUUCAGUGAUAGUCUAAAACUCCCUUCUUCUGUCCUAAGAAUUGUGUAUUAGAAAUACUAGCGAACAAACGCAAUGCCGCUUAAUUCUUACGAAGUAACUACAACGUAAAGAUCUUUUGCUAAGCGUUCAGUCAGUUUCACCACACUAAUAGAAUUCAACCAGUAGUAAUGUGCCAUGUCUGGCAAAUGUGUUAAAAAUGAACCAGUGCUUAGUACAUGAAAAACUGCAUGUCUUUGCAAAGGUGAUGGUGCAGAAGUAGAGAAUCGAUUAAUUUUUUACACUUAAACACAAGCUUUACAUAAUGAGGGAAGGAGGGAACUCUACUUGGUAAGCAAACUUGCACUGAGUGCUCUGCACUGGCAGUGUUUCUACUUCAUUAAUGGAAAAUAUACUAAGUAUUUUGAUGAUACGGCACAGUGGUCAACUUGUGUAGUUUCAAAUGAAAGUGGGGGAGGUGGGUGAAGACCUUCUAGCAGUACCUGAGGAAAAGGUUGAAAAACACCUGACACUUGCUGCAAUCUAGUCCAUUUUGUAGGUGCUCUUUGCUCCUCAGAAGUAUUUAAAGAUAUAGCUUUAAAGGCACUGCAUAUCAUUUCCGAUAGGGUUAGUUCACCAAUAUCUAGAGAAGGGGAUGAGCUCCACGAAGAGAAAUCACCACAACCUUGCUUCCAAAAUGGUGGCAGAAUUAUGAUAUGGGGCCAAUGAGGAGCCCCUCCAGCAUAGCACUAGUAGGGCUACGAAACAUCACUUGGUUUCUUUCUCCAGUGAUACUUCCGCAAUUUGUGGAGCUACAUGGCAUGUUAUUCUCACCAAAGUCUUAUCCAACCUCAUCUUGAAUGCCUGCAGUGUUGGUUUUAUGACUACCUCCUUAAGUCUGUUCUUCUACCACUCUUUUUAGCUUGUAAUAUUAAGCCUAAGCUUUCUUUACUUCAGUCCAUUGUUGCUUGUUGGACUAUCUUUUAAAAUAUUGUAAUACCCUGUUUAUUUCCCCAGGUGUUCUUUUUAGAUUAUAUAUAGCUCCCUCAGUCUUUCAUGUCGUCUGAUCCUUGUAUCAUUUUUGUUGCUUUUUGUAUUUCUCCUAGUUUUUCUUCAUUGUUCCUAAAUUUUCAGAACCAAUAAAGUGCACCGUGCACCAAGUACAGUCUCAUUAGGCCAUUUUAGACCCUGAUAUCUGGUAAAAUUUUCAAAACCACUUAAGUGACUUGGGUGCUCACAUCCUGUUUUCAGAAGUGACAGGCACUUAAAAGCCUAAUUCUCAUUAAAAGUCGGCUGACUUUAAAUGAGACUUCAGGACUAUGAAAAUUUUACCUAUCCUCCUAGACUUAAUCUGAUCUCUUCACACGCAUUCCUGAUACUGACUGUUCAAGCAAAAGAUUCUCAUAUCUGCAAUUUAUCAUCACUACCAGUCAGUCUUGCAUUAUUUUCUAGACAGUUCCAAUCUCUCUUGGUCACUCUGCUUGUGUGUUACUAUUUUGUGUUUCUCAUCAGUAAAUUUGAUUGCAGUUUAGUUGACACCUUCCUUAAGAUCUAGAGUAUAAAAAUAUUACUCUGCACUAAAAAGCAUUGGUCCAUGGUAUUUAAUUGGUACUUAUGUUUGGCAUGUCUUUGUGUCUAGGUGCUACAGAAAGGUGGUGGUGGGUGAGUACUUGUGGCUAGGAAUUCCUGUUCACUCCUACUUUCCUCGGGCAGGGGGUGGGAGCUAUUGGCAACUGAUUACUGCCCACGCUGACUUGGAGUAUGGAAAACAUAUUCUACUGCUUGUAAUUUGUGGUUCCAUUCCUAGAAGAGCUGUUUAAUUCACUCCUCACUCAGAAUGUGUAGUAACAUCGUCCAGUUUCAUCAGCUGGCCUGACCCAUCGGCGUGGUUGUUACAGAUUCCCGUAAUGGGUUUUUCCCCUCCACUUCUGGGUAUAAACUGCGUCAAGCUCAGAUGUGGAAUCCAAACUCCAUUGAUAUUCUAAUAAAUGUGUUUUGUUCUAGUUCUGUUUCCCCUGUUCUUUAGUUAAAGGAAAAGAGUGAAAAGACUAACUGAAUUGUGAUGUUGGUAAAUAAGUAGAUGGCAUUCUUCUCUCUUAGUUCAGUACUGAGCUAAUGUCACAGUGCAUUGCUGGGAUUAGCUGUUCUGUUGGAGGUCCUAUCUGCCAGAAGAGGCAUAAAGACAAUGUCCUGAGUAGCACUUAAAAUUUAGGUGGCAUAGAUCUGAUGCUCAUAGUUUGGCCAACCAAACCUCUGGUGUAGACGUAACUAGGCUAAUGGAAGAAUACUUCUGUCAGCCUAGCUUCUGUCACUCAGGGAGGUAGAGUUCUGACCUCGAGCAUCAAGAAAAACCCCUUUCAGUGCUCUAGGCUCCAUCUACACUAUGGAGUUAUGCCAGUAUAUGUUCAGGGCCGUCGCUAUGCUGCACUGUAGUCCUUUUUGCAUAGAUAUGGCACUAAAGAUCCCAUGGCACUUUCCCAAGAGUAUGGGGUGUCCUGUCAAAACACAGGUGUUGAAUUACAACUUGAGCAAUUACAUUCUGCAUACCUAAAAUUCCUGCUCCAUUUUCAGUGAUGCAGGCUAUUCUGACAUAUACCAACACUGACUAGAGAAGAGCAGUGCUGCAGCAGCUGUCAUUUCACCUCAGCGGUGGCUGCAUUUCAGUGUUUGGGUGGAGAAGUCUCUAAAUAUCACUUAUACCUUCAAUUACAUAUCUGUCUCAUCGUAAAAUGUUGUUUGAAUAAGUCCCAAUAUUAAACCCUGAAUUAUCCCACAGGAUGUGAUUGUUAGCAUAGCAAUCUUGAUAUGAACUGCUACUUCUCUUAUUUGGCAACCAAUUUCUAAUCCAUGGUAUGGGAUUUUUAACUAAUGGUAUUUAUUCAGUUUUCCUAUAAGAUUAUUCUGGGCAUUGAUAGUCAAAUAUACACUAAAUCUCCUUUAUGUCCUAAUCAUUAGUCCCACUGCAGAUGGUAGUUGGAUUGCCAUGAUGUAACUAAACUUUAUAUACUGAUUCCUGUCUGAAUGUAUUCCUUGUAUAGAUGCCUGCCUAAUAAGCCAACAGUUUCUUAGGGUUUUUCCUUCUUAUUCUUAAAGUUAUUUUCAGAGUUCCUGAAACUUCCUCUGCUGUUUCUUCAGUGCAUUUUGUCAGGGCCUCCAGACUUACUUUUUUCACCAUCAAUUUAUAUAUAUAAAAAUAAUGAUCACCAAAAAUAAUUAUAUAAUUAUUUUUGGUGAUACUUUUUUCAUCAUCUUUGUUUACACCUCCAACUACUGUCUCUAGCAAUUUCACUGUUUCUUUCACAGGGUUUUCUGAUUUCCUUCCGCUUAUCUCUUUUUCAUUGAAGCUAAGUAUACAUUUGACAAAUACUCGAUUUGUGCAGCAACAUUGCCAUUUUCUAAGUAUUUUUAUUUGGUUAAAUAGUAAUGUGACCAAGAACAAAAUCAUCUGCCUGUUAAUCUGAUCACCAAGGAGGAGAGUAUGUAUGUCAUCAACGUUGAGCACAGUGGCUUGAUAGGCUAUUCAGAUAUACAGAAUCUGGCAGGCAGCCUCCCUUUUAAAAACAUGUAGGAAGAUGAGCAAGGGAAAGUGAAGUCUUGAUUGGGCAGUGUGUGUGUGAAGAGAAUCCUGCAAAUGCUGACUGCAAAGUCCCUGUCUCUUGCUGCAAUUCAACCUUGGGUGCAGUAAGUCCUAACUCUGUGGUACUUAAUUACAUGACAGCUACUCCUGUGAUUCACUGAAGAAACUUCUCGAGUUGAAUUACAUCUUCUCAAAAAGAAAAGGAGGACUUGUGGCACAUUAGAGACGAACCAAUUUAUUUGAGCAUAAGCUUUCGUGAGCUACAGCUCACUUCAUCGGAUGCAUACUGUGGAAAGUACAGAAGAUGUUUUUAUACACACAAACCAUGAAAAAAUGGGUGUUUACCACUACAAAAGGUUUUCUCUCCCCCCACCCCACUCUCCUGUUGGUAAUAGCUUAUCUAAAGUGAGCACUCUCCUUACAAUGUGUAUGAUAAUCAAGUUGGGCCACUUCCAGCACAAAUCCAGGUUUUUACUCUGAAAUCUUCUCAAAACUAGAGUAUUUAGCAAACUUGGUUCCAGUUGCCUCUUUGAAGGUUGUCAACGAAAUCAGAGUUUAUGGAGAGUCUCAAUGCUCUGGGUGAGAAAUUUUGCAGUUAAUAUGGAAACCAUAUUCUAUUGUGGAGGACAAAGUGUGUUAAACUGCUAAGCAAUCUUGUGCCACUCAAUUGUUUUCUAUCAUGCCAUGCAUCCCUGUUGUGAAGUGACUUGCAACCUGUUCAUGCUGUUAGACUUAUCAGACAUAAAGAAGAGAGAGAUGUUGGCUCAGAGCAGGAACAUAAUUUACUUUUGCACUGUGGGAUCUUCGAUGGCAAGUGCUGCUAAUACAGGUUUCAGAAAACAGGAGGAAAAAAGAGUGCGAAAGAUCAUGUGUAGUGUGUACUAAUGGGACAAACAUCCAAAUAGCUUUAACUGAAAUUUUACAGUUUGAACUGUCUUCCAAAACAACUUUGCAUUGGCCUUGUUUAGCCACUUGUCCCUGUUUGACAUUAUGGCUACUGGCUAGACGCUCUUUCUAAACUUCUUCUGAAGUUCAUUGCAUGCAGAAAACAGGCCUAAGAUGGAACUCCACUUAUAUGUUGAAACAACUCAUACAAACAGGGUGUAUACGUCCAGGAAUUAAAAUCCACAUCCCCAGUGGCUUUACAGUGGAAUAUUGUUAAUGAGAAUUGGUGCAUUGGAACCCUGGAAGCAACCCAAGCUGGCAUCUGUUUUUUGGUACUAGCUAUGUCCUUUGAAAAUGGACCUAUGCUUAAGUCAGUGAUUCUCAACUGGUGUACACAGAGGUCUUCCAGGGUGUACAUAACUCAUCUAGAUCAGUCUCUCAACCUGAGGGUUGUGAGACAGAUUUAGAAUGGUCACAAGUGCAGGGCUUGCAUUAGGGGGUGACAAGCAAGGUCAAUGCCCGUGCCCCAGGGGGCCCUGCAAAGCUAAAAUAUAUGCUUAACCCCCGGGCAGCGAGGCUUAGGCUUCAGACAAAGCUUGCAAGUGAAAAACAGGCUCAAGUAUCACACUAUGAUGUAAAUACAAUAUUUAUAUUCCAAUCAAUUUUAUUAUAUGGUAAAAAUGAGAGUCAGCAAUUUUUCAGUAACAGUGUGCUGUGACACUUCUGUAGUUUUAUGUCUGAUUUUGUAAGCAAGUAGUUUUUAAGUGAGGUGAAACUUGAGGGGGACACGACAAAUCAGACUCUUGAAAGGGGUACAGUAAUCUGGAAAGGUUGAGAACCACUACACUAAGUUUUUGACAAUGGCAUAAAUACUGUGAAUGCAGAAAUUUUGUCUCCUUGUGGUUCCAGCCGUAACUAAUUCUAAAGUCAGGCCGUUUCUUGUGCCAGAUAUGUGCAUUUAAGUAUUUUCCUUUCAGCUCAGAUAUGAUUUAUCAAUGCUAGAGUAGCCAACAAAUCUGAUUAAAGCAUGCAAAUAUCUAUGAAUUCAAAGCAAGAAAUAAAUACUUCCCUUUAUCUAAUCUACCCAUCCAGGUAUACAAAAUUAAAGGAACUGCAGUUUCCUCAACUGUAAUGAAUGUGACGGUGAAGUAUGCAAUAGCACCGUACUUUCCAUAUUCCAGCAAUCAAAUAGUAGGGUGGAAGCCCUGCAUAAUUACACUAAAUCUUGCGACUGCAAGGCCGCUUUUAGAAGUUCUGCCAAACAGCAUUUCUACCAAGAGGCAGUUCAGAACUGAUGAUGCAGAGAAUAUGGUUAUUUUAUAAUACCAUUUAUCACUGAUACAUUUUAAGCAUUACAGGUCAUGGCUGUAUGUACUGCAAACUGAAUGGAUGGUCACCAUAAAUAAUAACUGCUCUGAAUUAGCAUUGUGGAAAGAGGAGGUUCCCUACUGGGGAACACAGUACUCCUGUCUGACCUGUGAAAGCCAGAGAGAUUGAACCUUAAGAUUGUGACUUUUAGGUACAAAGUCGAUUUCAUGGCUGUUACUGAGCUCUGUAGAGUUAGUCUAAGGAGCCUGGCUUUACAGGUAAAAGGAUAUGAAAGUCCUGGUUUAAAAAAAACCUCCAUUUUUCUGUAACAGAGAAUACAUAGAACAUAUGAUGGUGGGUAUGUAGUAAAUACUUACUGGCACUUACUUGGGAUAGCUUACUUAAUUCACUCGAGUAAUAGCUCAGAAUCAUGCCGAUCACAUAGGGCACUCUGUGCAAAAAGAACUGAAACAGAGGAGACUCAGAAAUGAGGUUCUGGAUUCUUACUGUGCCACUUUUCCUAUUUAAUAUCCAUCACAAGAGGAAGACUCUCUAAAAUGGUGGGUAGGUAAUGACUAUGGUAGGGUUGUUUAACACUACCAUAGUCAUUACCUACCCACCAUUCUCGAGCCAAUGUCAUGAAGUCUUAUGACCCCAAGCAGACAGGACCUCUGCCUUACAUACACUCUGCAAGAUUGCAGCUGUACAGUGCCCUCAAACACUCCUGGGGCAUUAGAUUGUUACUGACCCAGAUCAUUUUGUGCUAGUUCCUGAAUCAUUAUUACUACUUCUACAGGAGUACUUCUGGGCUCCCAAAACUUGACCUGCACCAGUUUCUGAGAUGGCAACAGAAACUUACAUGCUUGUGGUAAGCAAUAUGGUGCCAUGUAUCCUAGCAGGCUGGGAAAAUAUAAUGCAACAAUUUUUUUAAUUGCUUUGGGGACGGAAGUCUGUAAAACAGUAGCCUUGAAAUCUUUUUGACCAGUUUUGUAGUCUAUCCAUGGAUAAAUUUGACAAUCAAAUUUAGUAAAAGUUUUCUAUACUGAAUACAAACUUUAUAAAAAUAUUUAGUCAAAACUAGCUUGUGUUGCUCAUUUAAAUGUUUCCCAGACUUGUUCUCUAGAAAGUCUGUGCCUCCCAGCCUUGUGACUGGUAACUUCACAAUCUUUCUCUCUAUAGCCAUGGUCACCAUCACCCACAUGUGAUCGAGUAAGGUUCCUGAGUUCUGAAAAUGAACCAGACAACGCAGAGUUCUGAUCUGUAGUUAAGUGAAAUCUGCAGUAAGGACAAACUCCAAAAGGCAGCUACUUUCCUGAUUUUUUUUUUUUUUUUUAAAGGCAAAUCUCGAGUUCAGUGGUUCUUAACCAGAGGUCCGGGUCCCCUAGGGGGCCUCAAGCAGGUUUCAGGGGGGGUUCCAAGCAGAGCCAGCAUUAGACUUGCUGGGGCCCAGGGCAGAAAGCCACAGCCCCACUGCAUGGGGCUGAAGCCUGGGUCCCUGAGCUCUGCCACUCAGGGCUGAAGCUGAAGCUUGAGCAAUGUAGCUUCGUGAGGGGGUCCUGUGACAUGGGGCCCUGAGCAGUUGCCCUGCUCGCUACCCCCUAACACCGGCCCUGGCUUUUAGAGGCAGAAAACCAGUGACUGUAGCACAGGUGGGAGUUUUUAUAGCAUGUUGUGGGGCCUCAGAAAGAAAAAGGUUGAGAACCCCCCGCUCUAGUUAAGGAUUUGGCUCUAGAAGGAAACAAGUUUUUGCUGGUCCCUUGGGUGUUCCCUUAUCUAAAAGAUUAGAGGUAUUUGGCUUAUUAAUACCGCCCAUUGAAAAAUCAGCUCUGGCGAACAGUGCUACUUAGUUGCAAAUACUGUGUAUUAUGAAGACACGUUUAGGGUAGUUCUGGCAUACGAACAACCAGUUUCAAUGUACUAAGUACUGUAUUUACGCUGGAAUAGCUUUACCACUGUCACAUUUUUUUAACUCCAUUGGUGGGGGGAAAAAUAAUUUUUUUUUUAAAGGUGCAAUAUUGGGUUAGUGAAGUUAUUGGCUUUCAUGUGCUGUUUAAAAGUGAGCUAGUUUGCAUGGUGUGACAUGAGAGAGGAAAUUUAAGGGCACUAUUCAGCCGAAAUUCUGUGCCUCCCACCACACCCUGUAUUCUGAAUGCACAGUUGACUCAACUGAGAAACAGGCCCACCAGCUUUGAGGCCAAAAAGGGAGGGGAGAAAUAAUUCCCUACCAGGCAGUUGUGGGGCCGUGUGGGGAUGAAGAGCUUAUGUGAUUGAGCAUCUUGCUUAAUUAUAGUUGCAUUGCUACUCUCUGUCUCGGGUCUGAGCAUUUCCACUGCUCCAGCUUUCUGAAUGACGGCAACUGUGAGCUUGCAGUAACUCCCCAUACAGGUUCAUCGGGGCGUGACAAAGUUUGUUGGAGUGAGAACUCUCCCACCUCUGUAGGUUUUUUGGUCUGUGAUGUGGAGCAGGGGGAGGAAGAAACCAGUUGCUUCUCCUAGACAAGCUCUGUUUUUUGAGGUGUCCGUCCAAGGUUUGUCGUCGUGCUCUCUCUAAAAUUUCUUCUUGGGCUGAUAAAGCUUCCUGUGUUAGAAUAUGGUGUCCUGCUGUCAUCCCAAGAGUAAUUACUACUGCUGCUGAGUUGGGUGGAGUGUGUGUGUCUCUACAGAAGGGAACAGGUUUGGGCAGGCACAUACCAACAUCACUGAUGUAUAAUGCCAGUUUCUUGGUGGGGAGGGCAGGUACUUUGGGUUGUGUGUGUGGCUGCCUAAGCCUAGUAGAAUGGCCCAGCUGCUACAGAAGUGAUGGGAGGCUGGAUAGAGUCCUGAAAGUUCUCAUCUAUAGUGGUCGUCAUUCUUAGUUCUCAUUAAGUUUAUUACAUUUCUUUAUAGUGUGGGAAAAAAUCUAUUCUUAGCCUCAAACUUUUCAACUUGGAGCUCUGUUAACCACCACUUGAAUUCUAUUCUGAAUUCUCCAUUCCCAAGAGCAGUAUCACUUUAACUGCAAACAGAGGGGAUCAAAGGACUCUCUCAGAAGUGAGAGGUAACAACUGUCAUUCCCCUCCCCCCCCCGCAUACACCCCCAUAUAGCCACCAGCAGCCCAACCACCUUAACAUUGCUCAAAAGCAGAACUGUACAAAAAUCAGUCAUUUAGAAACUAGAAUCCCACAUUAUAUUCCUCCAGGGGUUUCAGACAGGUAACUAGAAUGACCAGGCAUUCAAGACCUAACGUAAAGAAGAGUAGCUAGUAAACCUAAGCAACUCAUCCCAGAUUCCACUUUGCUGCUGCAACAAUGGUGGUAGAUUUUUAAUUGUGUUUUUGUCUCUCCCUACUUGCCUCAUUAAAUUAACAGGUUGAGAAGAGGCAACCGUUCCUGAACCUCCCUGGCAGGAGGGAUUUUGAAAUUUGAGCAGGUACUUUUUUUGGAGUCGGUUGAAUGAGAAAUUUGGGAUUUAUUCCUACAAACAGAGCCUGUUCACAUUGUAAAAACUAAUUUGCUUGGAUUCAGUAUUACUUCAGGGUUUCUGUUUCUAGUGGAGUUUUAGAAUUCUGUGUGUGUAAAUUUCUGUUCUGGCUAGUGUAUCUUAUUCAGACAGAGCUAACUGAUUAAUUCUGUUGCAUACUGACUCCAAAUUCUCUAUUUUUUGUCAGAAAAGCCUUUCCAAGAUAAUUUUCAACAGAUUGGCUUUCAAACAUGGUAACAUUCUAUACUUAAACUGGAGACUACAGGGCUUAAUAAAAAUGCAGCUGUGGAUUAUGUGUACUGGAUUUUUUUUUACAUUGCUAUUACAGACUGUAAUAUUAGAAUCAAAAUAAUUAGUCGAAGUGGAAAAUAUUCGUUUAUAACUUGCACUUGAUUAAAUGUAAAACAGUUUAUCUUAAUUUAGUAGUGUGUAGGAGAUACUGUAUCUUUUUUAAUCAACUUGAGUGGAAAAUCCAUGUUUACAAGUGUACUCCUGGUUCCUACCAAUUGAUGGUAGCCAAUUUAAAAACAAAACUGGAGGUUAAAACAUACUGCAAUCCGCUACCUUGGAAUAGUGGUCUCACUCCUGCAGCCACUGACGGCACUGAGAGCCUUGUUAGGGACUCAAACAGGAGCAAGAUUGGAUUCUAAGUCUUUGUUUUACAUGCUUAAGACAGAAAGGCGACUUGCCUUGUGCGCUGUUUUGUGCUCCUGUGUGUCAUAUAUAAUUUAGAAAUACACCAAUCAGUUUGUAAUACUAGCACCUCUAUGGAGAUUGCAGUUUGUUUGGGUUUUUUUCCAUGGAGGGUUAGACAUUUUGGAAUGUAUAACAUUCAUCCCUGUGCUAGAAUUGUUUACAGGCAAAGAGAUUACUUGUUUGAUUUUUGCAAUCUGCAAUGUGCAAUUUUGUACAUGCAUUUUAAACUAAAAGAAGAGUUUAUAAGGAAGAUACGGUCUGUACAGGACUUGGCCAUGAGUAUUAUUUCUUUUAUAUAAAUAUCUGAAAAAAUAAAAUUUCUUUAUAUUUA